AAAGACACCUCUUUGUUCUUUGGUUUGUCGUUUAACUCCGCUUUCCGACUGACUUACUGCAUCGAUAAAAGUAUCUGUAGUGGGUAAAAAAAGAGGAGUUAGCGGCUUCCUGUCCCGCACUGUCAUCUAGUGUUAGCUAGCAGACAGCUAACGAGGAUGUUGCUAGCAAUUUGCAUGACAACAGCGAAAACUAAUAUUAGCCUUCUUCAGCCAAUCAAGUUCAGAGGACCAUGUCUAGGAAGUGAGCAACGGCGAUGGAAGGGAAAGGCCCGUACCGCAUCUAUGAUCCAGGUGGGAGUGAGGUCAAGGCCAGGGAGGAUGCCGGAGGGAGAAGCAGCUAUCGACAGCUACUGGAGGAGAACAGCAUACUGAGGGAGCGGAUGAUGGGACUUAAGAGCUUAGGUGAUUUGCUGGAAGAGUCUCAGUCAGAGGCAUCGAGGCUUCGGCAGCGAGUGGAGGAACUUGUGAGAGACAACGAGGCCCUCAAGUCCUCCAGCUUUGCCGCCAGUCUGUGUAUGGGAGGGCCCAUUCAGACUGAGACACAAAGUAAACCCUGUUUACAACCCACUGCAGAGCAGAAGGAGGAGCAAACAAGCUGUUUAGGGAAGACCCUUCAGCCUGAGAAGCCCAAUGAGGCCUCAUCUGAGUUUGAGGUUGUGACUUCAGAUGCCUUGACUGCCGGGUCAGUGGCAGGAGUAAUCCCCGUCCUGCCUCAGGAGAACAUCGAACUAGCGAGCCAGUUGAAGAGACUAGAGAGCUCCUUCAGCAUAUUCGCAGAGGAGUCCAACCCGAACCAGCUGUUAGCUCACCUCGGUCGCAUGGCUGUGGAGUUUCACCAUCUUUCCUCUAAGGUCCAAAAGAAUGAACAGAGGACCUCCCUCCUACAGACUCUCUGUGAGCAGCUCAGACAGGAGAACAAUGAGCUUCGAAAGAAAAUGGAAGAGGAUCAUCAUAUCAGGAAUCGAGACUUGGAACAGCUGAGACAGGAGAAUCAGAAGCUUAAGGAGUUGGUCACUGGAGGAGCAGCGGCGGUAGCAUCAUCUGCAGCGCCAUCUGACACCGAAGCCCCAGAGGCCAAAGAGGAGCUUGUGAAGGAGGAAUCAGCCACUAUAAGACCUAAGAUGGAGGCCACCACACCGCAGAAGAGUGGAAAAGCUGCAGAGAAAAACCCAACUAAACCCUGUGAUGUAGAGGUGUAUGAAAAGAAGAUCAAGCUUUUGGAGAAGCAGAGAAAGGAUGUGUCUUUUUUUUUUUUUUUUUUUUUUGCUCUUACUGCUCAUCCUCUUUUGCCAUUGGGGAAAGUCUCUGUAUAUUUUGUUUCCUAUAUGUUCAGUGUCAUUUGUUUCACUUUCUGGCACUGCUUACAGGUACUGGAGGUGAACAAGCAGUGGGACAUUCAGUGGAACUCCAUGAAGUCACAGUUUGAACAGAAGAUCACAGACCUCAGACAACGGCUGGCUGAGUCCCAGAAAACUGUGCUUGAGCUGGAGGCAGAGCGAGAGCAGAGGCAGCGCGACUACGACAAGAAGCUGCUGCUAGCCAAGUCCAAGAUUGAAAAUGUACAGGGCGAGAAGGAGUGCCUCAACUCCGAGACCACUGAGCUGAAGCAGAAGAUUCGCUACCUGCAGGAUCAGCUGCUGCCCCUCAGUAAACAGAGGGAGUACCAGGAGAAGGAGAUCCAACGCCUCAACAGGGCUUUAGAGGAAGCCUUAAACCUGCACUCCCCUUCAUCCUCCCAACAACCACCUGGCCAGGGUAACUUUGCCGAUGCAGCCAAUAACCUGAAGAAACAGGAACUGCUCACUCAAAUUGCUGUACUAAAGGAACAGGUGAAGAUCUUUGAAGAAGACUUCAGAAAAGAGAGGAGUGACAGGGAGCGAAUGAAUGAGGAAAAAGAAGACUUGAGGCGGCAAGUUGAGAGGCUUCAGGGUCAAAUUACUAAUUUGACCAAUCAGCUUCAUCAGGCGCAGAACGAGUGUCAGAGAGAACGUACAGAGAGAUGUAAGCUGGAGAGACUGCAGAUGCAGCAUCACAAACAGGGGCAGCAGCAGGAAAGACGUACCUCAGACCCCACGUCAGGCUCAGUGAACGGCCCGCUGAGCCCUCCCUACUGUGGUCCCUUUGUGCAGGUGGGACCGCAGGGCCUUGAGGGCUGGCCCAUACACUUCCCUCCCCGGAUGCCCAAUGCAGCAGGCGCCACAGCCACAGCCGCCGCAGCACCGCCCCCUGUACGAGACUUCCAGCCUGUUAACCCGGGUUUUCCUUGGCAGUCGUCAUUCCCGCAGCCCAGAGGGGCCAGAGCAGUAGGAGAGAGUUCAAGACCACCACCAGAGAAUGCAGAUCAGUCCGCAGCAGCCGCUGCAGCAGCUGGAGCAGGAGCAGGAUUUGGAAAAAGGGAGCGACAGAACAUUGACCCUGGAAAGCACUAAAGCAUCACCAUACCCACCUAAAGGAGUCUGGGUAGUAGCAUGAAAUCAGUUUGUUUUUGAGUUGAAAAGGUGUGAUUUGAUCUAUAAUUUUCCUACUGAACUGUAGAUAUCCUAUUGUAAUGUUGUUUAUACUUGCGUUUUAUAAGGCUAUUUGUGAAACACUUCGCUAUUCUGAAUAUAUAUAUACAUGAAAUAUUAUUUAGAUUUUUUUUUUUUAUCAGGAACUUAAGUCAUUUGUUAAAUAGGUUGGAAUAAUUAACUUUUUUUUCCAGAAAAAUAUACCUAUGUGAUUGUCUCUCUGCAAAUAUGUAACAACUUGACACUUAGUUUGUUACUUAUAGGGUUACAGGAAGCCAUUCCCCAAUAUGACUAAGACUACAUAUACUCAUUCCAACAAUGAAUGAUUAUAUAGGUACAUUGAAUCAUACAAUUUACAAUGUGAAUGUUAAUUGAUUUAUGAAGAUUUCUUCAUUACCAUCGAUGUUACAGAACUGUCCCAUAUGUGUAACUGUUCAAAAGUGGUUGUUCAAAUACAAAAUUUUCGGGAAAUGAAUUUUGAUGGUCUCAUACCAAAAACAUGAUUGUGAUUAUUGAUAAUUUAUUUAUAACCUGCUGUUUUGAUAGUUGCAUUGACUAAGUGUAAAUCAUUGUCUUUAGUAAUGCUGUUCUUUCUAUGUUGUUAGUGUAAUCCCAAUAUAUUGUAGCUAUUGACAUUGUAUGUUUGUAUCAGACACAGUACACAAUGCACAGAACAUACACAGCCUUUUUUUCCCCAUGAUGAUGGACCUAAUCUCAUUAAACACAACACUUCACUUGACCACAAUUGAAGUAAUCACUCAUCCCGAUUUUCAUUUAUUUUACUGCAUCCUGUACGAUUGCUCACAGUUCAGCCCCAAAACCUUUAGGCAGCAGCGAUGACAGUCUUCCUCUUCAUCUUGUUAUUUAAUGUUAACUUAAAGUUAACUAAGUUGUAAUCAGUGCAGCUAUUACACCUAGUACUGAAACAUUAAAAUUCUGCUCAACAGAAACAGAAGAUUGUCAUCAGUAUUUGGAGGCCCUAGAUCCACUGUUACAGCCGCUCCUCAGAGGAAAACCUCUGCCAGGAUGUCUGGCUUUGCGCUCCUCCCAUUUCAACAACCUGUAAUCCGUUCCGUGCUGACUGAUCUGUGAACUGCUGUAACAAAGUCAAGAGCCCUGAUAACAGACACAGGAUCCACACCUCAAGACAAUGUGUGUUACCAUUGUAAAAGGCAGAGCCAAUCUCAAAUUAAGCCACUGUUUUAACUGAAUACCAAUUAAAAUGUCCUUAGUAUAGUGUAUAUCAGGUAGUCAGAUGAAGGGCUUUAAAAAGUGUGCUGAUGAAUUUGAAAAAAAGGCUCCAUUUUAUCAAGUUACUGGGAACAAAAUCCUGAGGGGUGAGCGCUGAAAUGAGAAAUUAGCGGAAUUGCACUUUGAAAGGUAUGCUGUAAUUACUGGCAGUUGUAUUUUCUUGGUUUGUAGCCCUUUCUUUUUUGCGGUAGGCAAAAGCACAUGUGAGACUUUUUGUAAUUGACUGGCUUAAUAAAUCUAUUCUAAAUGUC